GGUAUUGCUGAGGUAGCUGUAUCCUCUAAAGCUUUAGAGGAUCUUACAAAAAUGCAGGAUGAUGGAUUAUUGACCUUUGAUAUACUAUCUAAUUCGCUUGGCAAGACAUUAGAUUUGGAGAAACAUGAUGCAAGGGAAAACCUUCCUCGAGCUUCAGUGACAUUCACAUCUUACAUGACGUUUAGUCAAAUGUCCAGUUACUUGGAGGGCUUGCCAGCCCAAUACCCCCAAAGAAUCCGAGUGGAUAAACCUGGAAGGAGCUUUGAAAACCGCAAUAUUUACCGUGUUCGGAUGACUAACAAUAUCACAAAUACCGUACAGAAGAAAGUUGUCUUUGUUGAUGGAGGUAUACAUGCUCGUGAAUUGGUUAGCCCAGCUGCUGCCUUGUAUGUUAUCGAAACACUUAUCGCUAAUACUAAGCUUACAGAAACUAUUGAGUGGCAGAUUAUGCCCAUGCUUAAUCCCGAUGGAUAUGAAUACGCUUUGAACAAAGAUCCUUUGUGGCGCAAGAACAGGUCUAAGUCUCCUUCUUCCACUUGUUAUGGUGUUGACCUUAACAGAAAUUUUGGAUUUCAAUGGGGAGGACUUGGGGCUAGUAGUUCCCCAUGCAGUGAUAUCUAUAAGGGAACAUCAGCAUUUAGCGAACCAGAAAGCAGAGCUCUAAGAGAUGCUAUGUUGCCCCUGAAAGGCAAAGUAAAGGCUUACAUAACUUUCCAUUCCUUUGGGCAAACCAUACUCUACCCAUGGGGUUACUCAACUCAAGUCAAGCACCCUUUAACAGCAACCAUGGAUACUGCUGCUAAAGCAAUGGCGGCACAAAUUAAAAAGACAACUCUAGCUGUGUACAGUGUUGGCAACUCUGCUGUUGUAUACUAUCCUGUAGCUGGAGCUUCUGAUGACUGGGCUGCGUAUGCAAUGGACAUUGCUCAUUCAUACACAAUUGAGCUGAGAGACAAAGGGGUGUAUGGCUUUAAACUACCUGCGUCUCAGAUAUUGCCUACUGUACGAGAUGCCUGGGAGGCUGUAAAGACUUUGGCUACACUGGUCUGAAUGAAGUAACGGAAAGAGUCAACAAACGAAAGUUCCUGCAAUGAAACUGAGAGACAAGGAGUUACGGUUUGCAACAGAGAUCAUAAAUACUGCUAAAAUUAUUGAAAGAUUUUGAAUUAGCGUUUAAUAUUUUUCCUAAUGUUUGUCAUAUACUAUUUUAUUUUUGUUUUUUUUAGUGUGUUACAUAAUUUACUGACAUAUAUUUGAAUUAAUUACCUGAAAGGAUUUUUCUUUGGAGUUAGAUUGUGAAUAUUAUGUUAGUUUCAGUUUAAUUUUUGUUAUCGGGAAACUUUCAGAAGAAUCUUUGAUUUCAAAUAGUUAUCAAAAGAGUUAUCUGUCACUAAGAACAAUAGACUGUUCAUACGAAAGAACGUCAGUUAUUUGCUUAUCUGUUUAUAUUGUCUGGGAUUAUUUUAAUCUUUCUGUAACUAAUAUAUAUACAUAUAUAUAUAUAUAUAUAUAUAU